AUGGCAGACAAUACCACUAUCGAUGUCAUUCGGUCACAUCAAGACGGCCAGGACUCGGUAACAAGCUCCAAAGAUGCGGCCGAGAACCCGCAAUCCUCGUUUACCCCACAGCCCGACCCCGACGAGAAGUACAAGCAUGACGUACCGCCCGAUGGUGGUUACGGCUGGGUUUGUGUCGCAUGUGUAUUCUGGAUCAACGCCCAUACCUGGGGUAUCAAUAGCAGCUACGGCGUCUUUCUGAGUUAUUACCUCUCCCAUAAUGUUUUCCCCAACACAUCAUCCCUCGACUACGCCUUUACAGGCGGCCUGAGCAUCUCCUGUGCGCUCCUCGUGGCCCCACUAGCAACAUUUCUCAUCCAACUAUACGGCACCCGCCUCGUAUUGAAUACAGGCGUCUUCUUCGAAACACUCUCCUUAAUCGGCUCCUCCUUUGCCACACAGAAAUGGCAUAUCUUCCUUAGUCAAGGCGUCUGCUUCGGCUGGGGAAUGGGAUUUCUCUUUGUCGGCAGCGUUGGGAUCGCACCACAAUGGUUUCAGAAACGCCGCAGUGUCGCAAUGGGCAUCACGGCCGCAGGCUCCGGUCUCGGUGGCUUAAUCUACUCGCUGGCGGUUGGAGCGAUCAUUCCACGCUACGGACUCGGCUGGGCGUUUCGUAUCCUCGGCAUUGUAUCUUGUGUCGUGAAUGUAGUUUGCGGAAAUUUACUUCGUGAUCGCAAUAAGCUCGUUGGGAGUCGGUUUACGGCUUUUCAUUUCCCGUUGCUGCGUCGGCCUGAGUUUCUCCUUUUCUUGGGAUGGGGAUUUUUCAGUAUGCUGGGUUAUGUAGCACUGUUGUUUAGUGUGGCUAACUUUGCGCUCUCGGUUGGAUUGACUUCGCACCAGGGGAGUGUUGUUUCAGCACUCUUAAACCUGGGCCAGGGUCUUGGUCGUCCUUUCGUUGGGAUGUUCAGCGAUAGCCUGGGCCGUAUCAAUAUCGCUACAUUCCUGACGUUCAUAUGUGGCCUCUUCUGUCUUGUUAUUUGGGUCUUUGCUGAUAGCAUGGGUGUGGUUUGUUUCUUUGCUGUGCUUGUGGGUACCGUCUCGGGAACGUACUGGGCUACUGUCUCACCGGUGCUGGCGGAGAUUAUUGGGCUGAGAGAUUUACCGUCUGGCUUGAGUAUCACUUGGCUGUGGCUCGUUGCACCUUGCACAGUGUCAGAGGUCAUUGCGUUGGAGCUUCGUCGCCCUACUGCCGAUGGUGGAACUUCGUACCUUCAUGUACAGAUUUUUACGGGAUUUAUGUAUAUAGCUGCUUCAAUUUGUCUAUGGCUUGUCCGCGGUUGGAAAGUUGGGGAACUCGAGCGUGCUGAACAGAAACGACAGUCCGUUACGCAGCAGGGGCCCUUGACUGGGCAUCCUAGUGAGAGCGAAAAGCAAGGUCGCCCUGCGACCGUCCCGUCUGAUUCUGAAGCUGGGACUAGCGAUGUGCAAUUAUGGGCUCCAUUUGGCAUGGCACGAAGGAUGGUUACGUUAAAAAGAGUAUAA